AUGAAAAAAAAUUUUAUAAUUAUAAUCUUUUUAAUUUUAUUUUUUUUACACAUAAUUGCAGAUACUGUUGAUGAAGAAGACCCAUGCAAAGAUAUAGAUUUAAGAAAACCAAUUAAAAAAAAGAAGGGUAAAAUAUUCUAUGCCUAUGUAAGAACCCCCUAUUGUUCAAACUAUACAUAUUUUGCAACUGACCCAUCCUUCAAAUGGAGUAGUAUUGAUGUAAUUGCAACCUAUAAUGUUAACUACGACAAAAGAAUUUCAUGCUUAGCCCACAAACAUAAUGUAAGAGUAGAAUUUAUUUUUGAAGAAGGCCAUUUUUGCAGGGAACACACCAUCGAUAAUGAUUGUCCAUAUGACCAAGAUAAAAUCAAAAGCAGUUUACCAAAUAUAAUGAAAAAAUUACAAGAAAAUUAUGUAGAUGGUAUCAGUCUAGAUUUCGAAUAUAACCCCAAUGGAAACCUAUAUGGAUCAAAUGGAGGUUAUGCAUCUCUUUCCAAGAAAAUAAGGGAAUAUUUGGACUCUAUAAAUGAAAACUAUUCACUUUCAUCUGCUCUUGCCCUAAACCCAAAUGCAAAUUUAAGAAAUCAAAUGGUCGAUAUUGCAACUUACCAUGACUAUUUGGUUGUUAUGAGCUAUGAUUUAUAUGGAUAUACAAAAAUCGGAAAUAGUGUAACAAAAUCACCAGUGACAAAAUAUUCAAUUAGAGAAAAUAUAAGAGCGGCUUAUAUGGAUAGAUUAAUAAAUAAAACUCUUAUCAAUAAGGUGAUUGUCGCUCUACCACUAUAUGGUUAUGCCAAACGUUGUAAAAAAGAUAUAAUUGGAAUUUUCACAGAUAAUUGUAUUAUUGAUGACGAAGAAAGACCAAUGAACAUUGGGGUAAAUACAAUUCACCACUAUUUAAAUUCAGCAGACCACCUUUCAGCGGGGGUCUUUUGGAACGAAGAUUCUAAAACAGUGUAUUCCAAUUUUGCUCUAAAUGGAGAUGUAUAUCAAGUUGUUUAUGAUAACCCAUUCUCAACCUAUCUAAAACUUAAAGAUAUUGGAUUGGGUGGAUCAGGUGUUUGGGCAAUCGAUCACUUAAUAGGUUUACCACAACCCAUUGUCGAAGCUUGGUACACUACUUUCGAAAAAAUAAAUAUUGGGGAUCAAUAUAUAUUUUGGCCAGAACAAUUCAAAUCAACUCAUAAAAUGAAUUAA